CUUCAUUUGGCCGCCAUCUUUGUGCUGCAGUCAUCUGAGAAGCAGGUUCCCGUUGUUCCUUUAGAUCUUCAAAUCGACGAUUGAAAUUAGAAUUAUAAGCCACUAUGUCAGAAGACAAUCCCUAUGUAAUAGUAAGGUCUGCACCACCAGCACAGAACCCCCAAGCCGGGCCAGGGGGGCCACCUGCCUCCAUGGAGUCAGGUGGACCCGGCGGCCCCCCUCGGGAGCAGAGCAAGAGGCUGCAACAGACUCAAGCUCAGGUGGAUGAGGUUGUGGAUAUUAUGCGAGUGAAUGUAGACAAGGUGCUGGAGAGAGAUUCCAAAAUAGCUGAGCUGGAUGAUAGAGCUGAUGCACUACAGGCGGGAGCGUCUCAGUUUGAAGCUAGUGCUGGCAAACUCAAACGAAAAUAUUGGUGGAAGAAUUGUAAGAUGUUGAUAAUCCUGGGAUCAAUUGUUGCUGUAAUUGUAAUCAUAAUCAUUGUGUGGGCAACUUCGUAAUGAGCAGUGUGGGCUGUCACAAGUCAAGGAGGAACUUCCAGCAACACCAACAACAACAGCCCUGCGACUAUCGACAACAACCAAGCAAGCGCAUCAACACCUGCUACAGGGCGCUAAGUCUCUCCUUCAUGUUAGCGUUAUACAAGGGCAGGCAACUCCUCAUUGGCAGUAGGCCUCUGCCGCAAAAAAGUACUUCAGCACAUUUUGAUACGGACAUCGCAAGGACAGUGAUUGUGGCACUCUUAGAACUAUUACCAACACAUAGCCUCUGAAAUCUCUAUAAUUCUUCGUUGAAUUUCAUUGAAGAUGUCAUUUUAUUAAUGCUAAAAGAUACAGUGCGAAUACUUAAUCUUUUCAGAUUGUUAAGUUAUUUAUCCUUGACAGUGUGCUUUGCAAGAUUCACUACUGUCAAUUGUAUAGUAUAUUUUGUUGAGAUAUUUCAGAUGUGUUUCAUUUAAAUUAACCUUUUAUUGUUCAUUAUAUGUUAUCACUGUUUGAAGCUUUUUGUUGUGUAUGACUCAGUAUACAUUAUUAACCAGCCAAUCUGGUGCGAGUUGUAUGAUGUCUGUGAUAAGUACAGGGUGGUGAUUAAUUAGAAACAUAACCAUGUAUUAAACAACCACAUUGCAUUAGUAAAUUCUAAAAUUGGGUAGAACAGAACCCUGCCUAGUAGCUCAAGACAGUGUGUGAAAUAUCCAACAGGAUAGUAACUUUCUUGUGCUACUGCUUCACAUGAUUCCCCAACACUAGCCAGAGUAUGUCUUUCAGCAUCAUAUGCCCUUACAUAUUGGCCAAAGUGAGCCAUGUUACAAUGGCUGCAUGUACUCACUUCUUAAGCGACAGGUUUUGUGAUUCAAAUUCUAUUCCGGAUUGAAGAACCUGUUACUCAAAGCUUGUUCAGUGUAGCUGCUUUGAUGGGUUUUGAGAUUUCAAGUUCUGUUCCUGACCAAGUACAUGUGUACCUGUAAACGAGUACGCUUGUUCAGUGUAGCUGCUUUGCAUUAAUACAGUAGUGAUGGAGGACGGGGCAUAUCGUCGUUGACUUUAUUUCAUCUUGACUCGGGAGUUCUGAGAAAAGGAGGUAGAACGUCAUCAUACAUUCCAGAAUGUGUAUUUUCAUUUUCACCUCAUUUUACCAGAUCCAUCAUACAUUUUGUGUAGAAAUCCACUUUAAUCCGUAUCAAAAUAUGAUGAAGGCUACCAACCCUUAGUGUCCAUUCUAAAAUAUUGGCUAGAACUAGUUGUGAAAAGGAUGGAAUAAUUGUAACAUAAGGUGUACAUUUAGUCCUUUGUGUAUAUGAUGCUGCAGUUUACCUAUCAUGUCAUCAUUUCUUUUUUCUUCCUUUGGACCUUCUAUGGUUUAUUCAUUGGUUACAUUUAUCACUUUGUGUUCCGAAUAAAAAUGAACCUGAGGAAACUCACAGAAGACGUGUAUUUUGUUUACUCAAUUCCUUUCAGACUUGGGAACAUAUUGAUUUGUGUAUCGGUUUGUUUUGCAGUGUUUUCAUGGGAACUAGGGUCAUCAUUCAAAUUUAUUUCUGCGAUGUGUACAAGUUAAACUUUAGUAAGUGUCAUAUUUACUAAAUGGCCCUGACACAUUUAUUGUUCACAGCUAUUGUUAAUCGUAUAUAUAUGAGACAUUAAUGUUUUAUGAGAAUUUACUUGUUUAUUGUUUGACUUUUAAGAAUUAAGGAAAAGGAUUUUAUCUUGCCAUCAUGUCUGAAAUUGAAGACAUCAUUAUCUGAUGAGCCGUUUGGAGUUGUUCCUGUAGUUACUGCUUUAGUUAGUUAUGGAAGGCAUAAAUUGUAUACAUCUUGCAUCGUUGGCAUUUUGAGAAUAUGGGGAAGUUCUAGUCUUGUAAAUGCAGCUUGUAAGUAUGCAAGAAACUAGUUGUAAAAAGUAGUUGAAGUCUCAAAUAAUAUCUGUCUUCUAAUUGCCACGAUUGUAUUGUUAGCUUGUACAUACAGAAUAUCAAACUAUAUAACUCUUGUCCUGUGAGUAGAAUGAAGUUCUUCUUAUAUUAAUAUCUUCUUGAUGAUGAAUCAUUGAUUGUGAAGGAUGGUCGAUCAACAUUUCCUGAACUGGUGCAUGGGUGAUGGUUAUGAUUCUUGUUGGAAACAAGACAGAUGAGAGCUUCAGGAAAAAUGUUUCAUCACUGUUGUGAUCUGAUACUAUUUACAUAUUAAUGCUGGAUGGGUAGGGUUGAGUUAAUGGACAACCAUUUCUUUUGUAUGCUGAGAUUGUUCUACUCCAUUUCAUUGCAAACUGAAGCGUCAGCUAAGUUCCUGUCUGUCAAAAUCAAUCUCAAGAAAAUACAACCUUGACCUCAUUGAAGAAAAUUUACCUCAAUGAGUACCUGCAGAGGAGUCAAAUUAAAUUUGGGUACAAGAUUCUGAUUGAGAAUAGUUUACUUGCCUGUAGGAAAUGGGAUAUAUAAGUACUGUUAUUCCCGAAAUGGGUUGAUGAGGAUUGGUCGGAAUCAUAGAUCUCCCACAUCAGGAACUGGUCUCUGCUUGAGCCUUCCUUUGUCAUCAAUGUUUUCACAUCAUUUCCUACCAUUCAUUCCAGCAGAUUUAGAUUUUGUGGUUCGUGUAUUACACAGUAUGAAAUAAUUGCUGGUGAAUCUGUUGAGUAUGUGACAGGCUUUGCUGCACGCCAGUUCUCUGCUACUGUGGUGAGACCCCUAGAUAACAAGUCUAAGGAUCUCGCUUCCACUGAGAUCUGGCUACAUCUAGUGUCACCGCCAUCGUAUAAAUGUCAUCACUUAUUGUCCUAUUGCACCUAGAAUAUGUUAAAUGUUGCCAUAGCAACACAUAGAUCUAGAAAACAACUGCUCACAUCCACAUCAGGGAACUGUUUUCUGUAUCAGUUGUCCAUAGAUCUGUUUGAGCUGGAGUUGAGGUAUUUUGUGCCAGUAACAGCUGUGAUGAUGUCAAUUUGAUAUCAGUGAAUGAAAAAAAGAAAAAGAAACUUCCAAUCAUGGCAUGUAGACAUGUGAUCUGUGCCAAAUGCUUUCACUUGUGUAGACCUUUGCUAUUGCUUCUAUUUGUAUUCUUAUAGGCAUUUUAUUAGCAAUGUUUACAAGACAAUCUGCACCAAAUUGGACAUCAGGCUUGUUAAAGGGAUGAACUUGCAGCUUUAUAGUUAUGAACUUAAAUGAGCAUCAUCUGUAUAUUCUCAUAGACUUGUCAAAAGCUAUAUGAAAUCAGACUGAUUCUGGAUAGUGGAAAGAGUUAAUCUAGACUGAAAAUUCUUAGAUGGGUUUGAGGUCUGUUCUUGCUUGCCACACUGACUUUCUGGUCAUUGUUGAGCAUCAUGAAGCUCACCCCAUCGUGUGACACUUUAAGAAUUCUGAAUGGUGUGUGUGUGCUGCUCAGAAGAUGCAGUUCUCUGUAGACAGGAUGACAGCUGCUGUAUAUACAUGAAUCUCAGCUGAAACUGACAUCCUAGUGGAUGUGUACAGUUGUCCGUCUCUGCGUCAUGACGGCAAACAGUUGCAACAUCAUAGGGGCAAACAGGUUACAAGGGAUUUUGUGCAUUUUAAUCAGUAUUUGUAAUAUAUUGACUAUUUUAUUAGCAGCAGAUACAUACCGUUCUGAGAAGAUGCAUCUUCGUUUGUGAAACUUGCAAUAUUUCAUGUAUUUUAUUUAUUGAGAGUCUUCCCCCAUCAAUUUAUAUUUCUUGGACAGUGUCAGGUGUGUUCAAGAUUAUCAUUAUCCCUUGAGUAAUGUGAAAGUUCACAUUGUUUUGUUCUUAGUAAUAAGUCGCUGAUAACUGCCAUUUACCCAGCCAGUUAUUUAUGGGAUUUCACAAUCAAAUUGUACCAUAAGUUGAAAUAUAGCUUGUUUGGUGUACAUGUUGCUGCUACCGGUAGUUCAAAAUGCAAAUACUAUGCAUAGGGAUCUCCCAGCCACAUGUUAGAAAUUAUUUUGAGUUAUCCGAAUGAACUGUUUCUAUUUUUUUUUUCUAUGUUUGCAAGUUUGUAUGUGUACAAUGGAAAUCCAUCUUAUCAGAAUGUUGUGUAUGCUGCUGCAGUUGAUGUUGUGUAUAGCGUUCACAUUGUCACCCCUCCCCGUGUCGUAGGUCACUGACACAAAGCUUUCCUAGUAUAUAGCGUUCUCUUCCGACACUCUGCUAGUUCAAAUAAAUAAAUGUCAUGUGUAUUUAUCAUUGAGUUGACAGAUUGUAUGUACAUUGUAAAUGUCAUAUGUUAAUGUAAUAAAUAAAAUUGCCUCUUGUAAAUUUA